GGCAGCAAGUAGGAGCGAGCUCGUUUGAGCGCAGGAUUGAUAGUCGUGAAUAUAUAUAUUCCGCCAUGAAUUUUCGCAUACAGAAGUAAAACAGGUUCUGUGAAAUGCACUCGCUAUUUUGUGUUGUCAAGCUGUCUAAGUUAUUUGUCAUUGGCACUACUAGCUUGUAGCAAUUCGCUACGAGCAAGUAGUACCCACGUAGCUUGAUAGUGGUAAGAUAGUAAUAUUUAUUUCGCAAUACGCCAGCGUUAUACUGUAUGUAAUCCAGAACCGGUUGGAAUUUGAAUUCAGAAAAGGCUGUGACACCCUCGUCACGAUGGCGCUGGGUAUUUUUGGGUUGCAUCCCUCCGCUCUAGCGUAUUGCAUGACAACGCUGGGAGCAAGCAUGAUGAACAGCAUGUUCAGCUUCUAUUACGUGAAACUUUUCUUAAACAAGUAUAAGAUAUCCGAGGGCGCUUUCCACCAGGCACAAGUGGUCUACAUGGUGUGGAACGCGGUGAAUGACCCGCUGUUCGGGUACCUGCAGGACAACGCUCGGGCGGCCUGCUGUUCCCGCAGGCGGCUCUCUAUCCUCUACGGAGCCCCCUUCUACGCCCUGGCCUUUCUGCUGCCCUGGUUCCCCUGGCAAACGUACGCGGCGGGCGACUGGCUGAGCGGCGCCCACCUGGUGGUAGCGCUGUGCGCGUUCGACGGCAUGCUGACGUUCGUGCUGCUGGCCCAGUGCGCGCUGUUCGCCGAGAUCUCCGCGCAGUACCACAGCCGCCUGCAGCUGGUGCGGUACAGCCAGGCGGCUUCCCUGGUCGGUUCGUCCAGCGUGCUCUUCUGCGGCCUGCUGUCCAGCAACAUGGACGACUUCGCCGCCUUCCAGAAGGUGGCGGUCACCGUGGCGAUGCUGGCCUGCUUCAGCAUGGCGUACACGGGCCUCUACAGCGAGAGCCGCUUCGAUAGCAAGGCUUCGGACCACGCCCCGGGCCCCUCCCAGCCGGCGCUGUCCCUCAGGGCCGUGAUCUCUCUGACCGGGCAGAUCUUGGCCCAGCGGGACUUCCAGCUCUUUGUGCUGAUGAACUUCUUCCAGGUGUUUAUGGUGGCCUUCUGCAGCAACUUCACCCUCAUCUUCGUUGACCAUCUCAUUCCUCCCAACGUCCUUCCCUCGUUCGCAAAGAGCCUGAUGUACGGAGCCGGCUUCAUCUGUCCACAGCUCUUAGUGCUGUGCAGUCAGGGCCUGCUGCAGCAGGUAGGGUAUUACAGGCUGAUCCUUCUGAGUUUCUACCUGGAGGCGGCCAUGGCCGUGAUCAUGUUCCUGCUGGGUCCUCAGCACUACUACUUCCUGGCACUUUUUCUCACCACCGUUAUGGUGCUUGUCCAGGCUGCCUUCAGUCUCUUUAACUUACCUCUGGCGGACAUCAUCGACUCAGACCUUCAGAAAUACAAGCGGAGCUCCCCUCUCUCCUCCAUGGUAUUCGGGACCAAUGCGUUGUUCACCAAGCCCGCCCAGUCUCUGGCCCCUAUGCUGGUGGUAUCCAUUCUCAACCAGUUUGGCUAUGAACAGCUUAAGGAUGCUGGUACUACUGCAGAUCCCAGCUCUCUGCAGGCUCUGCACGGUGCCAUGUUCUUCCUGGUAUGCCUGGCUCCAUUGUGUGUGGCUGUGGCGCAGAUCAUGGCCUGGAGACCCUUCUCCAUCAGGGACAGUCACACAGUGGACGCCAAGUACACGGACACCUAAUGUAUCUUCCUGUUUCCUGUGACACCAGCCUGAUUCUCAAAUAGUCAAGCACUAAGGAAGACACCAGACACAAGCCUGCCGGGCCACAGAGGAGAACAACUGUCCCUAGCUCCCUGGUGCUCCUAACACACCGCUCCAAAUGUUCCUGCACACACACUUCAGAUUAUUCACCUAUCACAGAACUAAGCUCAAGUUAAAACACAAUAUGUAAAUGUGUUUCAUUCAUGUGCUGGCAAUCCCUUUUUACAACUGAAGACUUAGGGCCAGACAUGACCACAUCCCGUGAACAUCUAUCUGUCUACACAUCCACACACACACACACACAUACACACACACAACUGUUCUCACAAGCAAUCAAUCACCUGACCACAACUUGACGACUACUAAACUGGUAUUUUCACUUCCAGUGUGAAAUGUAAAUGAAGGUUGGCCAGAGAACACAGGGAGGAUGACCGUGCCUACGUCUUUCAUUAUAAAUUUACUGAGUGUGAUUUGCUGCUUUCUACUUUACUUAGCUAUUUUUUAUGUCUGUUUUGAAUGUAUUUUCUGGGAUCCAUGGGCAGUGAAAGAGGGGUCCCAAGGACCUGCUGAAUUUGUGCAUUGUUUGUGUGUCCCUGGAACCAGGCUUAUUUUUUUUAGAUUGAACAGAAUUAAUGUCGGUAAGCUUUUUCCACUGCUUUUUAAAUGCAUUUACUACUUUUA